GGCAGGGGCAUUUCAGCGAUGACCAUACAAGUGAAGCUUAACAUACAAAGAGAUGCUCCUAAUGCUGAAAAAAGCGGCGCUGUUGCUGUGUUGUUGGUGCCUGAUGCUGAUGGUGCAGGAAGUAAAGUCAGAUAAUGAAGAUGACCUAAAUAAAUGCUUUAUGGAUCAGGACUAUGGAGAACUGUUGGAGAUUGCCAGAAAGGGCUUACCAAAGACAUCCAAGCCUAAGAAAAUCAUUAUUGUGGGUGGAGGGAUUGCAGGACUGACGGCAGCCCAGUUGCUAGAGGAGGCUGGCCAUGAGAUAACCAUAUUUGAGGCAAGUGAUCGAAUUGGAGGACGGGUGUACACUUACAGGGAGAAAAAUAAUACGUGGUAUGCAGAACUUGGAGCCAUGAGGAUUCCUUCUUUUCACAAAAUUCUACUUACCUUUAUUGAAAAGCUUUAUCUAACGUUGAACUCCUUCAUUGAAAAAGAUAUCAACACUUGGUACUACAUAAACGGUAUCCGCAAGAGAACUCGUGUUGUUGACAAUGACCCAGAUGUGUUGAAUUAUACUGUGUAUCAUCAUGAGAAAGGAAAGACGGCGGAACAGCUCUACAAUGACGCACUAGCUCCAGUGAAAGACUACCUCAAAAAAACAGGCUACAACUGUUCAAAAGUUAUGCAAAAAUAUGACUCCUACACUGUCAAGGAAUAUUUUCUAGAUGAGGGACGUUUGAGCCAAGGAGCUGUGCAGAUGAUUGGAGACUUGCUGGAUGACACUGGAUUUUUCUAUGACGCCUUUACUGAGAAUUUGAGGCUCCUUUCUGAUCUUAAUGACCAAAACCGCUACUAUGAAAUCAGAGGAGGCAUGGAUAACCUGGUCAAGGCAAUUUACCAAAACCUCAGCUGCACUGUUUACCUGAACUCAAGAGUGACACAGAUAAAGCAAGAUCAACGUGGUGUCACUGUGCUUUAUAAGAACCAGAAAACACCUGCUGAUGAUUUGAGCUUCAGUGCAGAUUAUGUACUCCUCACAGCCACAGCCAAAGCUUCCUUGCUGCUGAACUAUGAGCCUGCUCUGUCAAGGAAAAAAAUGCAAGCUCUACGUUUAGUCCACUAUUCAGGGUCAACCAAGAUCUUCCUAAGUUUCAAGUCUCGUUUCUGGGAAAAGCAAGGAAUAUUUGGUGGAAAGUCCAUUACCGAUCUUCCGUCUAGAUUUAUCUUUUACCCCAGUCACAGCUUUGAAGGCACUGAUGGUGGUGUGCUGCUUGCCUCUUACACAUAUGGUGAGGAUUCUGAUUUCUUUAAUGGACUAAAUGAGAAGGAAUGCAUGAAGGUUGCUCUCAGAGACCUGGCAAAAAUUCAUGGAGAAGAUAUUUAUUCACUCUGGGAUGGAGGAGUAGUAAAAAAAUGGAGCAGGGAUCCCUUCAGUUUAGGAGCCUUCUCCAUAUUUAACCCCUACCAACUCAAUGAAUACUACAAAGACCUUUUUGCAAAGGAAGAAAGGAUACACUUUGCUGGGGAGCAUACAGCACUGCCACAUGGCUGGAUUGAAACUUCAAUGAAAUCUGCUAUCAGGGCAGCAAGAAACAUCCAUAACAUAAAGAACAAUGACAUUGUACUUUAAUGGGACUCGGAGGAGGCAAAGCUACAAUAUUACUGCCCUGACCCAUUGAUUCAGAAUUUGUCACAUUUCAAAAGAACUUUAAUAGGUUGCUUCAAUUGUUUUCAGAAAAGAGAACAUAAACACAAAGAGAACACUAAAACUGCUAAAAUGGUGCAAUGUGUUUCUGAACUUUUUUUCUUUUUAGAAUAAGUAUUAAACAAAUAUUCAGUUCUCCAUCCAUCCACAUUCAAUGCUGAAAAUUCGACUGAAUGCAGAGUCUACUGUGGACUGUAUACAAAUACUUAUGGUAAAGGAAAUGUAAUAGAAAUGAACUGCUAUACUUAGGGAAAAAGUGUUUUUUACAUUUAAAUACAAAGUAUAAAUUAAAUUUAAAUACAUUUAAAUUAAAAAAACUGCAUGAAAUUUCCUCAGUUGCAAACCUUUGAAAAUGGUUAAUUGUUCUGAAAUUACUCCAAAAUGCACUACCACAGUAAGAGAAUGGCUUUUAAUUUAUUAAAACUGUUGAAUGCAUGUAGUGAUUUCUUAUUACUAAAAUAAAUGUAAUGAAUUUAGGCUGCAAACUGAAUACUCUGUUAUUUUGAGACUGACAAGUUUCUAAAAAUGUGUACACUUACUCACUUACUGUAUCUACCUUAUCUAAAUCUCUUUACAAUUUGAGUAAAAAUUCAUCGAAGACCAACAUUAAUCUUACAUUUAAAAUUCUUGUGUUAGUUUCUCUUAAAUUUUUUGUAAUUUAAUUUACAUUCUGUGAUACUGUUGAUGUGUCAAUCAUCUUUUCUUUAUUUUAUGAACACCAAAUUGCAGGGUCAUAAAAAAGAUUACCAGCAAUUCAGUAUCUCUUUACUUACAGAGCAAAAGUCAAUUAUUCAUUUUAUGAAAUGUGUAUAGAAUCUUCAAAAAUAAUGUCAUAAUUUAAUGGACCUGCAUAUGCAGCUCUUUAAACUUCACUUAACACAUGUACAGUAUAUGAAUCUGCUAUUUGUAGGAGUCCCAGGUGACAAAUGUUUUCUGCAUAGAUAAUAUUUUGCAUAUGCCUACAUGAUAAAAUCAAGUAUUAGACUGGAGUUUUUUUGGAGCCCAUUCUGUUGAUUCACCUCUUCCUUUGAACAUCAAAGCUGUAGACUGAAAUGAUGGGUGAAAUACCUUUUUGUAAAAUAAUAUCAUAAGCAUUAUUUUUAAAAGUGGCAAGAUAGGGAACUGCAUGUAGCACAGUGUAGGUAUGAGUUCUUGAUAUGCAAAGUGAUCAAAGUUUUUUGAGCUCUGUAUGACUGGAAGUCUGACAUACCACAUAGUGAACUUUUAUUGGGGUCAUUCACAAGAAUUCAGUUUUUCAACUAACAAUGCACAUCAACAAUCUUUGCAAUCACAGUGUAGCUUGAAAAAAAGACAUGUUAUUUACAUUAAAGGUUUCUACAGUCUCUAAUACAAAAAACUUAUAUCACAUUUAUUAAGCACUGAAAUUCCUGAAAUUCUAAAUUUGCUUAACAAAAACUUCCAAGAAGUGUAUUGGUGGUACUGUACAUUAAAAGUGCAAUGGACUGAUAAAUUAUAAUAAUUAAUAAUUAUUAAUAAUUAAUUAAUAAUUCAGUACUGCACUGUGGUGCUUUAUUAGUAGCAGAUUAAUAAUGGAGUGAAAGUGUUUCUGGUGGAACGGUGGCGCAGUGGGUAGCACUGCUGCCUCGCAGUUA